AUGGAAACUGCACGAGUUGAGUACACAAGAAUGUCUCAAGAUCCUGAUUAUCACCGUACUGUAUCACUGAAACUGUCAGAGGUGCUCAAUGAUAUUGGUGCCAAUAAGAGAAUGAUUCUGAAGAGAAGGAGGAUUUACUUGUUGAGGGAAACUAUGGAGAUUUGUACAGACAUAUUGCUGGGUGAGAACAUUUCCACCUUUCAUUUUGGCAGCCAGUCUGAAGGGUCUACAACAUUAGGACUCCAUUCAGACACUGAUACACUCUACUGCUCCAGUGAGUUUAAUGUUAUACAGGACUGGAGUGAGUGGCAACCUGGCAAGCUCAAUCUACUGAUGAUCCAGGAUGAGACCACAUCACCAGGUUACUGUCUACUACAAUAUCUGAGGGAUGAUGAGCCUCUUCCUGUUCCUCUUCCUACUGAUCAUGAACUAGUCGGUGACCUUACAGUCAGCAGAGGUAAAGUGCUGGCGAAGAACACAGUAUUUAAAAAUCCUGCUACAGCAGGAACUGUAAUAAAUGGUCCAGCUCAUUCAACACAAGGAAGGCGUGGUUUUGCUGAUAAAGAUUUAGUUCCAGCACACCACUGUAAAUCAUGGCCUGCAGAAGCCCGGCCAAUAUCUACUUCUCAAGCUGAAAGGUGUCUAAUGUUCAGUUUAAACAUCACACAAUUAAGAUGUUAUAUUCUGAUGAAGAUGAUUCUUAAAACAUUCAUAAAUCCUCAGUGUGAUGGUGUCCUUUCAAGUUUCAUGUGCAAAACUGUUUUAUUUCAUUGUAUCCAAAAUACACGUUCAAAUAACUGGGUGAAAUCUAACUUACUCCCAUGUUUAAUGUGCUGCCUUACAGUAUUACAGAACUUUGUUAGAAAAGAAAACUGUCCACAUUUUGUAAUACCUAAAAACAACCUGAUGGCCGGAAGAAUUUCUCCUCAUAACAAAGUCAGAGUUUUUGAAAUCCUACAAAAGAUCAUACAAAGCAAGGGUCAAUCACUACUCGAAAUUCCCAUGGAUGACCUUGGUAAAAGACUAAAAGUAAAGGUGAAGAUGGGUGAAGCUUUUCAGUAUCAUGUAACUCCAGCCCAAAUGUAUGCUACAAUUUCAACACUGCUGCUAUAUAAUAUUACCAUUAGCAUAAGCAGAAAUCACACGUGCCUUUUAGAAUCAAUGCAUGAUGGAAAUGAAAUGAUGUAUAAGAGGUUAUCAGACAUUACAUUAACACUAACAAGAAUGUACAGAGCAAUGGGUUUAAACAGCUUGGAAAAAUCAUCACUGAAGCUUUUAGCACCUCUACUUUCUUCUUCACUAGGAUCUGUGAUAGCAUCUCACAACAUUUACACUACUCAUAGUAUAUCUCCAGAAGCACUGGGCUGGUUUUCAACUGGUUUGCACUCAGAUGUGUCAUCUGGUGGGUUGAAAUUAGCAUCAGCAUUAUACUGUGUAGGAGAUAUGGAAAGAGCAGAGUUUGUUCUGAGGAAUAUAGAAGAAAAGUAUGAUCUGAAUACUGUUGAACCUGCAUGUAAUGAUCAUCCCUCGAAUUACCUAAGGCAAGGAUUCAUGCAUAAAUGUACCACUGGAAAUGAAGAACUGAUACAACAUAUCACAGCAUUUUGUGUCAGAUUUCUGCAAUGUGAAAUUUGCUGUGUUCCUAAAGAGCUACAGUAUGAAAUGUUUAGGUCUACACAAGAGGACAGGCUUGAAAGGAAUGAAAUAUCUGACUGUUGGAUGGACUGGGCUGUGGUAGAUUCUCUACCUUACCUCUACUUUCUACAGUACAAGACAUAUGGAGCUCUUCAGAGAGUGACAGACCAACAAUGUGCACUUGCAAACCUUGUCACUACCAUUGAUACAGUGAAAAACCUAGGUCACAGGGAAACAGCACUGAACUUACUAGGACAGUGUAUGGAACAGGAAAACCGACCUAUUGAUGCUUUACACUGCUACAUGAGUUCUCUGAAUAUCCAAGCAAGAAACAAUGCUGCAAACAUUCUUAUCUGUAGACUUCUUAAUUAAAUAGUUAACAUGCACGAAAAUACACUGAACUGAACAUGGUACUGCAGGAAAUGGAGUAUCUACAUGAAGCUGCUGUGCCCUGCUACACUGUGGCUAUUAAAUUUUAUAUAUAAAACUUGUAAUACAUGGUAAAUUUAGAGAACUUAAUGUUAAAGUCAAUGAAUAAAUCAAUGAAGAUUUAAUUAAUGGACAUAUAAUUUACACAAAGUAAUUUAUAUCUGCCUUUAGUACAAACAUUAUAUUGCCACAGCAAUAUAUAUGUACCUUGAGAACAGACUUUAUGUUCUCCCAGGUAUUAUUUAUAGGUUAAUACAUGCAAGAGCCUGGCCGGGAGGGCCAUUAUUCAAUUUCCGGGCCGAUUAUCACCUCCCGGCCAGGCUCUUGCAUGUAUUAACGUCUUUAAUACAUACGUUUUGUUGCACUUCUCAGGGAAGAUAGAAUUACAACUCUUGUCGCUAAAUUUCAUUGGCUAAAUAGUUUGGGGUACUCUUGUCUCAAAGUUUGUGUUUGUUCAUAGCUGGAAGCAAUUUGGGGUCAUAAGUGAGUGUACUACAGUAAACUUAUUCUUGCACAUUUACACAAAUUAUUGAAUUAGAUCUACAGAAUUUCUUGUCGGUCAGGAGCUAAAAGUAAAUUCAUAAUGUGUCAACAAACUCAUCAAAUCGCCAUGCUAAAUAUGUGGAACAACACAUACUUUGAGCAAGUUCAUGAAAAAAACAAAAAAAAUGCAUUUUUAUUAACAACAGCUAGUAGAUCUAGAUAUCUUAUUUUAGAUCUAUGUUUAUGAAAAGCAGUUAUAACUUUAUCACUCAGAAGAAACCCGCAACUUCCUCAAAAUUGGUGCGAAUCAUGCAGUUUUACAAAGCAUACUCGAACACUGUUGAAACUCGGAAUUCUGGCUCCAAAGUAAAUAAUGGGCAUGUCCUGUUUUAUUACUAAUUUUAAGCCAAGCAUUAUUAUUUUGUGAUAAACAAUGGUUUAACGUGAAGACUAGUGACAAACCAUUAUGACGUCUAUGAUGACAUUUUAUGUAGCUAUUUGUUUCAUGCGUACGUGUUCACCGGGCGGAUUAUGAGUUUUCGGCCUGAGCCGAUAAGUGAUAAUCAGUGCGUGAAAGCAAUAACCUGCUGAAAACACAUUCAUUUUUGUUACUAUAUAUAGUAACAUAUGUAUUAAAUAAUGCUAUAAGUCAAUGAAAUCAUGUAAAUUGUAACAUGUUCAGUAAACUUCUGUUUUUGCAAACUCCACAAUAUCUUAUAAAAAUUUAGUGAACAAAUUUCUUAGAACAUGAUUUUUAUAUUUAACAGUUCUGUAAGAAACUGAAUGAUUGUGCAUUAAAUUUCGUCUAGAAUGUACAGUUCAAAUUGCAUUAAGAGACCAACCAAGUGAAGGAUAACAAGGCAGUCUGAAAGACAGCUAAACCCCCCGCCACU